AGAUCGAAUGACGAAGAAUUUUCGGAAUAUAAUAAAAGUUUUGAGAAGAUAGAAGCUUGAUGAGGAGGGUGAUGCUUGGAGAUGUUUUAAAAUGAAGUAGGCUAGAUGAAGGAUUAGUUAUGAAGAAGUGAUUGAUGGAUUUUAAACCACCAACUGGGGAGCCAAGAUGAGUAUGGGACGAGAGUUCUGUUAUGUGGAAGUUAAGGAUGAAUGGGAUAUUUUGCAGGUCUAAGGUUUCUUUUCGUUAAGUGAAAGUCCAAUUGUUUAGGAGUGUGUUUUAAUGAUGACUAGUUUCUUUACGACUUUUUAGGGGAGCCACAGAUUAUUCCAUCAUAGAUGUACCAGGUGUGCAAUGGAAGAUUACAAUAGGCGCUAAUAUUUUUGACCAUUUCGUUAAUGCCUAUGCAGAAAAGUAGCGAACCAAAGGAUCGCCUUGUUGGAUCCCAUCUUAUGAUGAAAGUAUCAGAGAAAGAAUUAUUAGCCCCUCUAUGUACCUGUACUUUUCCUGCCAUUAAAAAUCCUUAUUUUAAAAAACCGAAUCUCUGCCAAGCCAAAGAUAGUGUGGAUGACAAACUUGUGGGAUGCUUAAAUCCCGUAAACCUCAUUGAAAUGUGUCGUCCGGCCCCAAAAAUAAUGUUUUCCUACAUGUGUCAAGUUCAUAAGAAAAGACUUAAACACCAUCAUUGUUGUCCAAUUUGUGGAGUUUUUUGCACUCAGGGCGAAUUUUUGGUUUGCUUCAACAAUAUCCCUAUGGCUCCUUUGAUAGAUAUUAACGAACUAAGUGACGAAAAAAAAUUGAAAGAAAAGAGAAUUUUGCACCUCUCCCACGUCUAUUGCGCUACUGUUUACUCCCAAACUAAAUUCCAGGAUGAUAUCGAACGAUCAAAUGAAAAUUUAGGAGACUUAAGCACACAAGUCUCUCGCAAAGCUACUAAAAGCGAUUCAAACAGCAAUGGCUCGAAUAAUAAUCAAAAAGAAGAUAAAGGCGAAAAAGUUCAAGAAAAUAAUGAUCAAAUUCAUUGCCCUCAUUGUUGGAAGUUACUAAGCCUGAUAGCUUCAAAGAUAACCAUAAAGUUGCCCGUAAAUAUGGUCAAAAUCGAACAUUUGUUACCAGUGCCCAAAAGAGCCAGGAUAUCUAGGAGCUCCUCUAAAUACUCACAGCCGCAUUCAGAACAUAAUAACGGGUACAGUACAGAAGAUAAUACUGAAACGAAUCACCCCAAUUUUCUUCAGACCUUCAACAAUAAUCACCCACCCAAUGAAGAGCACCACAAUAAUGAUUGCGAAGACUAUAUGACCCCUUCCAUACCUUCCCCAGAUAAAAUAAUAAGCUACUUAAGGGCCGCUAUUUCGAAUAACUGUUUAAAAUGGAAUGCGGGUAUUAAAAUGGCAAGCGCAUCCAAAUGCAAAUCUAAAUCUAGGAAAAGGGUAACAAAUAGCGUUACGGUAAGUACAGACGUUAAACAAGACGGUGAUGGGAAUGAUGCUAAUGAAUCUCUUUAUCUAGAGAAUUUGUUGCUUAUUGUUAACAAACUGGCACAAACCGAUAUCAAUCCUCAAACUAUCAGCGUAAAACAAAAAGACUUGUACCAAGCUUGUAUAGAAGCGGACGUCGAAGCCGUUAUUAAAUUUCUAUAUAAAGGAAGUAACCCAAAUCUCAGGCACAUAGACCCGGAAAAUGGAAGGCAAGGGGAAAACGCAUUGCAUGCUUCUUGUAUUUCCGGAAAUUUGAUAAUUUUGCACCUAUUAGUUCAGACAGGAGCUGAUCUAAACGCGAAAAAUGAUUAUUUAUGCACGCCACUAAUGAUGGCAGCUUCCAAUAAUUACGUGAAACAGAUCGAAUAUUUGAUUAAGGCCGGCGCUUGUAUCAAAGAUCAGGACGAAGAUGGCCUAACGGCUUUCCAUAUAGCCGCCAAAUUUGGUAAUCUCGAAGCCUGCAAAAUUCUUUACGCCACCAAGAAAUUCAAAAUUAACGUUCAGGACAAUGGCGGCUGGACUCCUAUAAUUUGGGCGGCCGAUAACAAAAAUGUUGGAGUUAUCAAAUGGCUCUUGGAACUUGGAGCCGAUGCUAAGUUAACUGACUCGGAAGGCAAUACUGCCCUACACUGGAGUUGCUUUUCGGGUUCGGUCAGCGCUUGUCAACUGUUUUUAGAUACCCACUGUGAUAUAAAUUGCCAAAAUGAACGAGGAGAUACUCCUUUGCACAUAGCUUCCAGAAGGGAAAACAGGGAUUGCGUUUUAUUAUUGUUAUCCCGAGGAGCGGACACAACCAUAAAUAACAAUAAUGGCGAAAAUUCUAUUCAAAGCUGCAAAGAUAUGAAUUCCCAGGCAUGGAUGUCUCUCAAAAUCAGCCAAAACCUUAAUCAGUGGAGAAUGGAAAAUAACUAUCCAAAAUUUCAUACUGUAACUAGCGAUAUCUCUAAGGGUAGGGAAAAGCACGCUAUUCCUUGCGUUUUAGAAAAGAAUGACCUAAUUUCAAGCAACGAUACCGUUAAAGUUCUAUCUUGUCAAAAUUUUAUGUAUGUUUCGGAUCACGUUCAAACACAGGAAUUGGACAUAGACCUCACUAUAACCUCUAUGACGAUAUGUAAUUGCGAGGAGGACUGUUCUCAAGAAAAUUGCAGUUGCAUCAACGAAAGCGGAGGCUGUUUUUAUGACCAAGAAGGUAGAUUGGUCUCCGAUUUUAAUUAUAAAAACAGCCCCGUUAUAUUUGAAUGCAACAAAGGUUGCCGAUGCUGGAACAAUUGCGUUAACAGGGUCGUUCAAAACGGAAUAAAUUGCAGAUUACAAGUGUUCCUGACGCCUCAAAAAGGCUGGUCCGUUAGAACUUUACAAAAAAUACUGAAGGGUACUUUCGUUUGCGAGUAUAUAGGCGAGUUAAUUAGUGACAAAGAAGCUGAUGAAAGGCAAGAUGAUUCCUAUUUGUUCGACUUGGAGUACAAAGAAGGAGAUCUGAAAACAAGCCAUUCCUUCUGUAUAGAUGCUAGGUUUUACGGUAACGUCUCUAGGUUCCUGAAUCAUAAUUGCCAGCCCAAUCUGUCUCCCGUUAAAAUUCAUAGCCAAGAUCACCAAGAUCUGAGAUUCCCCAGGAUAAGUUUCUUCGCCACUCGGGAUAUAUCGCCUUACGAAGAAUUAGGCUUUGAUUACGGAGAAAAGUUUUGGGUUAUAAAAUACAAGAAUUUUACUUGUAAGUGCGAUACCCCUGCUUGCAAAUAUUCUGACGCUAAAAUAUUCGACACCUUGGCCGAGUAUCACAAAAAAUUGCAAAUGUUUAACAAUCAAGAUAACGAUAGCCUUACGGAAGACGAAUGAUGAUAAAUAUAAAAGAAACUUUAUUUCGAAUGAACCUUUAUUUAUAAGUUUCUCCUCAUGUUUCUAUCAUAUUAUCCUUCAUUCAAUUUUUCUAAAUUUAUUUCACUCUAUCUUCUUAUGAUAGUUGUGAUGUUUUUGACUGUGAUUAUAUUCGAUUGCCAAGCUUUUAGCCUUUUUAUAUAAAUUUUUUAAAAUCAUAUAUUUAAAUUUUAUGAUCU